AUGUCCAACGAUCCAACCAGCAAAAGCGUCCUGGUGACCGGAGCAAAUGGCUACAUUGGAGGAGCAGUAGCACGCUCGUUCGCACGUAAAGGCUGGAAUACAUACGGUCUUGUUCGUUCAGACCGACACACGCUAGCUCUUGCACGAGACGAAGUCAUGCCUGUAGUUGGGAACUUUUGCGAUCAAACCUUUCCAUUCCUCCACAAGCUCGCUUCUCAGGGCGUGACAUUCGAAGCGGUCGUCUCAACUACAGAGCAGCUUGACAACUACGUCGCUCAUUACGAGGAUACCGUAAAGCUUUUGCGGAAGGCAGCUGAGUUGUCAGUCUCAGCUGGAAAGGAGAAACCUCUGGUCAUAUUUACGAGCGGUUGUAAGGAUUAUGGCUGGAUGGAGGGUGUUAAUGCUGAGACUCCCAACUUGCAACCUCACACGGAGACAUCACCACUCAAUCCGCCACCCGUUCUAGCCAAUCGCACGAAUUAUGCUCUCAGAAUCUUCGACUGUUUUGAGAGUUUCGAUGCGGCGGUUGUUCGCCCGACUAAUGUGUACGGCUUAGGCUCGAGUUAUUACUCCGUUUUCUUCAAGAAGGCCGUCGAGGCCAAGGAGAAAGGUGUCCUCGAGUUCGAUGAGGAUCCAAAAACUAUUCUCCAUGCGAUGCAUGUCGACGAUUGCGGCGAUGCAUAUGUCGCUCUGGUAGAGCUGGGCUUGAAAGAACGAUCCAAGUUUCGGGGAGAAUGUUUCAAUAUUUCUUCGUACCGCUAUGAGACACUUGAAGAGACUGCCGAUGGUCUGGUCAGAGAGUACGGGAUCGAAGGUGGUGCGAUCUUCAAACCAGAUGUCUGGCCAGAGGGCGAUCGUCCGGAUGUCAACUUUGCUCGUGUGAUAUUUGGGUUUGGUCAGUGGGUUGGGAGUGAGAAGUUGAGGAAUCUCACGGGUUGGAAAGAGAGCAGACCGUUGUUUUCGAGGGCAUUGGAGAGGUAUAGACUGGCAUAUGAAGCGGCGCUGGUAGCUGGCGGGGCAGGCGAUGAGAGUGUGAGAUUGUUGAAGACGCGAUUUUCUGAUUAG